CCCGGCGCUGGCUUGGCGGUCUCUUCUCCGAGCUCUUCCCCGACUUGCACUCUCGUCUUCGUGAUUUGUCACAGAAAGUACCGAGCCGAGCUCUCUCUACGCAGACAUCUUUUCCAAGGGCAGAAGGUCGUCCCUUCGCGAACCUGCCCGCGCCCGGGUGCCCCCCCCACCUCUCCCGACUCGCCCUCCCAUCGCCACCGCUGCCUCCUCCUGCGAUCUCCCCAGUCAUGUCCCACCCCGAGCGAUGGGGAAGCUCGAGGACAACGAGAGGGUGAUUCUCAACGUGGGGGGCACGCGGCACGAGACCUACCGCAGCACCCUGAAGACCCUACCAGGGACCCGCCUGGCCCUGCUUGCCUGCGAGUCCCAGAGCGAGUCCCCAGGAAGCGAGGAGUCGCCGCCGCCGCCUCUCCCCAACCCAGCGCCGCGGGCAGGAGGUUGCCCAGAGCUUGACAGCGGCUGCAGCCCCCGGAGCAGCGGAGACGCCGCCACUGCCGGCAGCGAGUUCUUCUUCGACCGGCACCCGGGUGUCUUCGCCUAUGUGCUCAACUACUACCGCACCGGCAAGCUGCACUGCCCAGCCGACGUCUGCGGGCCGCUCUUCGAGGAGGAGCUGGCCUUCUGGGGCAUCGACGAGACCGACGUGGAGCCCUGCUGCUGGAUGACCUACCGCCAGCACCGCGACGCCGAGGAGGCCCUCGACAUCUUCGAGGCGCCGGACCUGCUGACAGGAGAGCUGCCUCACGACGGCGACGACGACGACGACGACGACGAUGUCCUGGCCGCCAAGAGGCUAGGCAUCGAGGACGUGGGGGCCACCGCCGAGGGCAAGGGUGGGCGCUGGCGGCGGCUGCAGCCCCGUGUCUGGGCGCUUUUCGAGGACCCCUAUUCCUCGCGGGCUGCUAGGUUCAUUGCCUUUGCCUCUUUGUUCUUCAUCCUUGUUUCAAUCACAACCUUUUGCCUGGAAACACAUGAAGCUUUCAAUACUAUUAUUAACAAAACUGAGCAGGUCAUCAAUGGAACAGAAACUGUGCUACAGUAUGAAAUUGAGACAGAUCCGGCCCUGACAUACGUGGAAGGGGUGUGUGUGGUGUGGUUUACAUUUGAAUUUUUAAUACGUGUUAUUUUUUCCCCCAACAAACUUGAAUUCAUCAAAAAUCUCUUGAAUAUCAUUGACUUUGUGGCCAUCCUGCCCUUUUAUCUGGAAGUGGGCCUGAGUGGGCUUUCGUCCAAAGCUGCUAAGGACGUGCUUGGUUUUCUCAGGGUGGUAAGGUUUGUGAGGAUCCUGCGAAUCUUCAAGCUCACCCGGCACUUUGUGGGACUCCGAGUGCUAGGACACACUCUGCGAGCCAGCACCAAUGAAUUUUUGCUGUUGAUCAUAUUCCUGGCACUUGGUGUUUUGAUAUUUGCCACUAUGAUCUACUAUGCAGAGCGGGUAGGAGCCCAGCCUAAUGACCCAUCUGCAAGUGAACACACACAGUUCAAAAAUAUCCCUAUAGGCUUCUGGUGGGCUGUAGUCACCAUGACCACCCUGGGAUAUGGGGAUAUGUAUCCACGAACUUGGUCAGGCAUGCUGGUGGGAGCCCUGUGCGCGCUGGCAGGGGUGCUCACCAUAGCCAUGCCCGUACCCGUGAUUGUUAACAAUUUUGGGAUGUACUACUCCCUGGCCAUGGCAAAGCAGAAACUGCCAAGGAAGCGGAAGAAGCACAUCCCUGCUGCUCCUCAAGCCAGCUCGCCCACCUUCUCCAAGACAGACUUGAAUCUGGCCUGCAAUAGCACAAAGGGGGAUAUCUGCAUGGGCAAGGACAACCAGCUGAUGGAGCGCAACAGAUCAUCAGUGUUAUCAGGUGAAGACAGUGCAGGAAGUGAGCAGCCACUCUCACCUGGAGAAAGGCUCCCUCCAAUCAGAUGGUCUAGUACGAGAGACAAAAACAGAAGAGGAGGAACAUGUUUCCUACUGACAACAGGUGAUUACACAUGUGCUACUAAUGGAGGGAUCAGGAAAGGCUAUGAAAAAUCUCGAAGCUUAAACAACAUAGUUGGCUUGACAGGCAAUGCUCUGCGACUGUCUCCAGUAACAUCACCCUACAGCUCACCUUGUCCUCUAAGGCGUUCUUGGUCUCCCAUCCCUUCCAUCUUGUAA